AUGGAGGUGUCGGAUGUUGAGUGCAGCCAGGUGAAGCGGUUCGUGAGGCAGGGCGGGCGCAAGUACCUCAUCUUGGACUGCAGGUCGUUCUUGGCGUACAAUGCCUGUCACAUCAGCGGCUCACUCAAUGUCCGCUGCAACACCAUCGUCAAACGCAGAGCCAAAGGCUCCGUCAGUCUGCAGCACAUCAUCCCGGCCGAGGAGCCCCGCAGCCGACUCCAAGCGGGUUUCUACUCGGCCCUCGUCCUGUACGACGAGAGGAGCCAACGAUUUGACCUGGUCAGACACGACAGCACCGUUAACACGGUGCUCAACGCACUAUUGGGAGCCUCCUACCCAACUCAGAUCUACUUCCUCAAGGGAGGAUACGAGAGAUUUUCUUCCGAGUAUCCUGAGUUUUGCAUUAAGGCAAAAAGCCCAUCUGGAAUCCUGCCACCAUCCAACAUUGAGUCACCUGGAACAAGUCUGAGUGCCUGCGGGACUCCACUCCAUGACCAGGGCGGCCCAGUGGAAAUUCUCCCUUUUCUCUACCUUGGAAGUGCGUAUCAUGCAUCUAAAAAGGACACACUCGAUGCCAUGGGGAUUACGGCUCUCCUGAACGUCUCCUCCAAUUGUCCGAACCACUUUGAGGACCAUUAUCAAUAUAAAUGUAUUCCAGUGGAGGACAAUCAGAAAACAGACAUCAGUUUCUGGUUCAUGGAAGCAAUAGAGUACAUUGAUUCUGUCAAAAAAGUUGAUGGCCGAAUACUAGUUCAUUGCCAAGCUGGCAUCUCACGAUCCGCCACCAUCUGCCUUGCUUAUUUAAUGAUGACUAAACGCGUGCGGCUGGAGGAGGCCUUCGAGUUUGUCAAGCAGAGACGGAGCAUAAUCUCUCCCAACUUCAGCUUCAUGGGACAGUUGUUGCAGUUUGAAACUCAGAUCCUGGCGCCUUCAUGCUCUGUAAAAGCUGCCAGUCCUUCAGGGGCCCUCAGGGAGCAGAGUAAACCUUCAUCGACCCCAUCAUCUCAGUUUGUCUUCAGCUUCCCCGUGUCUGUUGGUGUUCAUUCAACCCCAAAAGGUCUCAGUUACUUACCCAACCCCAUCACAACAUCACCAACUUACUAAUGGAUGACAGUUUAAAAACUCAACCAAAUGUCCAUAACUUCUGUCUAAUAGAGCAUCCAGUCAAGUAGUUUGUUAAAUGGUCUGAACCUCUUAUUUUAAAGAGGCAGGAAAA